UUUUACUUAUUUUUUUAAUAAAAUUACUUGUUUUAAUGAAUGUUUGUGAGUGAUGAUGCCCCGGAUUCAAAAUGAAAUGUCCACCUGAGGUGACCUGUAUAGUCUGCCAACUCGUGUUCUGCUGCGCCGACUGCCGCCGCCGACACGAGCGAACCGCCCACGAUCUCCCCUACGACUGUCCCAUCUGCCGCGAAAAUCCCUUCCUCUGCCAACCGGACCUACUUUGCCCGGCUUUCCUCAUCCACUUACAGGAGCAUCUACCCCUGCAUUGCUCUAAGUGCGAAAAGGUGUUUACAACCAUGGAUGAGAUGGCUGAUAUAGACAAAUGCACAAGCCUUUCAGAAUUGGUUGACCACAGUAAAUCGAGUUUGAAGGUAGCAGAUGAGCGCUUCGAUUCGCUCUAUGAGAAGAUAAUUGAAGAGAAGAGUGGAGAAGAAGUGGAAAAGAAUAAUAAGACAGCUGUUAUUACUCCUAUAGUCAGGAGGAAGUAUUUAGUUGAUUAUGAACCCAGUGAUACGGAGCCGGAAGAUGGAGACGCGAGUCCGAAGGUAUCGUUCACCGGAACGGCAGCGCCCAAGACGCCCCGCCUGAAACGCAGCGCUACCCCCCACGUGAAGAAACUUCUGUUAGCACGGCAACAAGCGAUAGACGAGGAUGGCCGUGGAUCGCCGGACCUUGACAGUGGGACUGUCGAAGAAGAGAUGACGACACCAAAUUCCCGUCCACAAUCCCUCGCUGCCGCUGCACUGGCCGUGACCACGAGUACCCCAACUCAUUCUGUACCUGGAGGAUGGGCCAUGUUUUCCACGCAAACUGAUUCACCGUUGUCAGAGAUUGAGCAGGCUGACAGUCCACAGCCUGAUAACAGGACAGAGGAACCAACAGAGCAGACAGAACCUGAACCAACUGAGCCAACCGACGAGAACACCGAACAUACGGAGCAGUCUGGCGGCAAGCCUAAACUGAAGAGCAUUAUAUCAAGCCGGCGCGUGGGCAGCGCGGAGAGUGCAGAGCAAGAUACUAGAACCAAGCGAGUCAAGUUCGCCGAUGACACUGUGUUCCAGCCUGAGCCGCGGCUUAAGAGAGUGUUCCGCAAACCAAAACGCAUGCUCACCCCCGGCCCAACGAAAGCCCGCUUCAACGUCAACCCCCGCUUCCAAGCUCUCAUCAAUCGCUUCGAACAAAACGCCUUCAGCCCCCACACCUCCCAAACCCCCACGGAUCGGACCCCUAGCACCACUCGAACCCCGGACACCAUGGCGCGCACACCGCUCAACAACCGCCAGGAAACUGACAACGUGCCGAGGGCUAUUGACUUUAAGGACAGUCCGCUUGAGCUAAAAAACAGUUCAGUUGAGGACAAUAGGGACGCGUCUUUCAAGUCUUGUGUGGCGACGCCUGGUGGGAUUGAUACAGCUAUUACGGCACUUUCUACUAACAUUGCAGGAUCUCUUCAAACCUGCAUCUCCAACGUCUUAAAGCACACAGAGGAAGAAACUGAAAUCCAGUUUAAAUUCACCAUCACGAAGAAGAAAACUACGCAGCGAGCGGUGGCAGCAGAAGGGAUAGCGGCGAUGGACCAGGAGAAGGAGAAUCUUUGGGCUACUGUUGCCAAAGCAGUGAAGAACGCCUUUUGGGGGGAAGGCGGGGAAUUUGAGACUCCUCACAAGUCCAUCUCAUCAUGCAGCUCUUCUUCAUCUAAGAGGAAACAGCCGGACCGCUCCCGCUCGCCCAGCCCGCUCAGCCAUAAGAGAGGAAAAUAUGAGCCGAGGCUACGAGGCCGACCACCACUUCGCCAAGGCCUGCCGUUGACUGCGAGGCUGGCUAGGGACGAUGUUACUAGUCAUAGCUUUUGAUCUAGCAGU